AUGGUGCAAACAUAUGUAAACUGGAUAUUUUUAUUAUCUUUCAUGCUUAUUGCAGAGGCACAAGAUCCUAAAGUGUUAACGAGUAUAGGUGAAAUUAUAGGAAGAAAAGUUAAUAAACCUUUGGAAGAAAUAAAAAAGUUGCAAAAAGAAGUGAUAUACAGAGAAGUGCAUGAAUAUCUAGGAGUUCCGUUUGCCCAGCCACCUACCGGAGAUUUAAGGUUUAAGAAACCAGUCGAGCUGAAAAGCUUGAAGUCUCCAUUUUAUGCGCAGAACCAUGGUGCCGUGUGUCCACAAAAUGCCGUUAUCUUUAAUAUUUCUUCUCGCGAAACAAGUGAAGAUUGUUUAUUUCUUAACAUUUAUAUACCGGUACGUCCUGCAGACAGACCGUCUGGGAAUGCUGUAAUGAUAUGGAUACAUGGUGGUGGAUUUACUGAAGGGGCAGGAAGAGUUUUAUGA